AUGCCACCCAUGCCGCCUCUCGCUCGACGCGUCUGCCUCCUCCCCCUCCCUGUGUGCCCAGUGCUCAUCGCCGACAGCCCUACGUCCCUUGGCCGCUCGAGCCUGACGGAACUUCACGCGGCCCCGGGCACGAGUCUGUGUGCUGUCUCCAUCUCGGUCCCUGCGUGCGGCGUGCGUAUGCCUCUCUCUCCCCCCGAGGGCCCUGUCCGCUUCGAGCCUUCACAGCACCACCACGGCGUUGCUCGUCCGGCUUGCCUUUGCGGGGCCACGCUCGACGACCGCCUCUCUCUGUCUGCCAGCCCGCGCCAGCCGUUGCCUCCACCUCCGCUAUGCUGCAUGCAGUGCUGCAACUGGGGGCCGCAAGCCAGAGCAGACACGCAUCCAUCCACUGUGCCUCGCGCCGUCGUGGGUGCAGCGCCCACUGGGCAGAGCCGGCACGCCCCACUUGCUCGUCUUCAGCCCCCCACCUGCCAUUGGCUGCUCCACCACCAGCUCUGCGCUGCCUACGUAGGACGUUGUGCAUGCGCAAUCUCCAGACACUGCGACGACUCACCGCGACUCGCCCGUCCCAAAAUGACGCUGCCGACAUGGUGCAUGGCUCCCUCUGCCUGCUACGGCUGCGACGCCCCCCGCCAACCAACUUCAGCCCUCGCACCACCACCACCACCACCACCACCACCACCACCACCAUCACCACUACCCAAGGCUGCUUUGUCACCCUCUCCCCAACUAGUACACUGCGCUGCGCAGUCGACCGUUGGACAACCCCCCUCCCCUCUACCCACCCACUGCCCACGCAAGCCACGCAAAGAGCCCCAGAAUUUCCCUAGAACAAGCGUCUCACACUUGAGCAGCCCUACGCAUCCUCCCAUGCUCUACCGCAGCCGCAUCAGCACCUUACUGCAGUGUCGGUGA